AUGUCUGAAUUGCAGUACAUUUCAGACUCCGAUGGCGAUAACUCGCUACCGCAGCUACCUGAAUCCGCUAUAGACAUGAGCCUACUAAAUGAUUUUUAUUCUUUCUUAUCCGGUUCUUCAAAGGAAAGACUUCGAAUCGAGGUCAGAAAUACCCUGCUUUGGCUGUUAUUUAACCACUUGGACAAUGACUUUGAAGACGCAAAUCCAAACUCUUCACAGCUUUUACCAUCUCCAACCAGGACAGAGUUACCCAGCACACUUCAAACGGAACCGAAUGAGUUGGAUCAGAUUUCUGCUGCAGCGCAUGCUCCAAAUGAUUCCUCCAUGACGUCAUUGAAGACAUCUUCGACGGAAACCGCAUUUCGAAGUCUACGAAAGAGAAAUUUCUCAAGUCGCCAUCCUUACAUUGCAGAUCAAGCCGACUGGUUGGGGAUUUGUACAAUAGACAGUAUUAACGAGAUGUUCACUGCUGAUGAAGAUCUACAGAAAGUUGUGCGAGCGUUGAAUACCCUAUACCUCAAAAGAAAGAAAAGAUAUCCUGAUGAAGAUCGCUACAAAGCCAAAAAUUUCUAUGCUCAUUUGGGACAAAACAAAUUACUCGCCCUUCAAGGGGAUCCAGAUGCCAAGCCGGCUUCCAAAUCUGAGGAUGAAUCCUUACUGGUACUCGAAGAAAAUGACGAUACUCUACAGAAUGAAGAAAUGGAUCAUGACCACGAGGAAGAUGAUGACGACGAGGACCUUAUCAGGCUUGAGGACAUUCAAGUCCCUCCCGUCCCUUCAAAGCAGAGACACAUCCACAGUUACCAGCACCCCACGUAUGAGUCGGCGGAAGAUACGGAAACAUCUGUAUCCGAUGAAAAUGAUGAUUACGAGGAUGAGUAUGUGAGAGUAGGAGGACGCUUUCGGAAACUUAAAACAAUCCUCCGAGGAGUGUUGCCUGAAUCUGCAAAGAGGCUUGACUACUUUAAACAUGAUUUACGGAAGACAAAAAGGAGAAAGAUACCUGAGCGUGAAUUAGAACCACGAAAAGGACUUGCCAUUCGAAAAAUCCCAUCCAUAUCUAAAAAAAGCAAUCAAGAAGGGCUAAAAUCGUUCGUUAAUGAUGAGGAAUCGAAGGAAGAGUAUACCCCGAACUAUCUACGCAUUUCCCAUUCCCCAACUGCAUCCUUUGAAGAUUUAAGGGCUUUCCGAUCUACGUAUAUUAAUUCUAAUUCUGAUUCUGGCUCCGGUUCAGAUUCAAAUCAUGAAGUAUUCACAGAUUUGGAAUCUACCCCCAUGCGCAACCUUACGUUGAAUUCGAACCCAAAUGAAAUAACUUUAGUGACCAGUGGAAGUGAGUCAAUAGAAGAGGAAGAUCAUAUUGAUUAUAUGUUUGCAUCGAAAGGUACAACUAAAGUUGCGAAGCCGAGGCAGAAAGGAUUACAUCAAAGACACAUUAAAACAUCACCAUUUACUGGACGAAGUUUCACCAAUAUGCAUAGUCCGUAUCAAUCAAUAUCCCUUUCGGGAAAACGUCUGAAAAAUGCUGUUAUCGGACGACGAACUAAUAAAUUGAGGAAGAAAAGACGUCCUCAAUUAUCUCAACAAGGAUUUGAGCAUACAAACAAAAAUACAUACCCACAAGAGGAUGCACUGACUGCACAACACAAUGCAAACUCUGUGACACAUAACUUACUUCCAGCUACAGAGAAAGAGGAAGGUGAAGGAAAACUUAAUAAGAAGACACAAGUCUUUCAUCCUAUUGCACCAUUUUUUAGACGUGAUCCAGUAAUGAGCACCACUGCGUUUGAGGUUGAGAGCGAUUCAAAGUUUAUACGCGAUCGGAACGUACGCCCUACAUCUCAUGCCCUUUCUUUUCUUCACAGACCACAAUCUAUUCCAGAAAACUCCUAUGCAUUGAUACCCCUAGCGCCCAUUGAUAUACCUAGAAUUCACACCAUUGGCGAUGGGCACAUUUUCUGCGCUAAUGAGAAUGCGGUUUCCAUCAGCCUCGUUGAGAAAAAGUACUCAUUGGGCUUAUACAAAUUAGAUUCUUCUAUUCGGGAGACGGAAAAAUAUUUUGUUCAAUUGCGAACUCUCUUGCUGAAUACGAAUAUGCUUUCCAACCCCAUUCUCCGAACUGAUAUUAAAAUAUCGUUACAAAGAAUGACUAAAUGGAUUUUGAUCGUACGUGAAGGCAUUCCCAAUACUAUAUUAAAGCAACUACAAUUGACGUUGGAUGUAUUAGCGAAGAUGCAUACAAAGAAGAUUAGAUUAUAUCUAUCAGUAUUUCACGCUCAGCUCCUUUUCAUUUUAUUCAUCGCUAUCAAAUUAGAUUCAAGUUUGCAACAGUCAGAAAAAUUAAAGGAGCUUGACGACUAUUGCACAGAGUACUGGUCUAUGUUUUUUCUGGCCAUAAGCAUCUCAGAUAUAAAUAAACUCUGCGAUGAUGACGGCACAAAUUCUUCUCUAUUCGACUCGAUUCAACUCAUUCAUUUCCUCUACGUCGGUAGAACGUGCAGUUGGUGGGUUCCCAUAACGGAAUCGUUGAAAGAGAUCGGCUUUUUCAAUGAAGAAAAUGCGUCACUAUUGGAUGCAUUAUAUGUACUUGCCUCGUGGUUUCCACGCGAAAGCGACUGGAGUCCGUUUUUGAUUAUUUUCGAAAAAUUCAAAAAUGCCAAGGUAUCCGUCGACCAUCACCAUUUCCUAGAUAUUUGCGAACUAGCAAUCGAGAAGCUUGAAUGGCCUAUCGAAGAACGCUUGAUUAUUCACCUUUAUUCUUCUUAUGGAAAAAGAAAGUUUGGAAACUUUGCUGACGAGACGGUAGUACCCCGACCCCUUCACUACGUGUAUUCAAAACAUGAUAUCCCUAAGACGAGCGUUUUUGAAAGAUUUUUACGUCUUGUCUACACCUAUGUGUCCCAGCUUGAAUCCAAAAAGUCCAUCAAGAGGUUGGUCUCUAAGUUAGUUGCGUCGAGUCAAUAUCAUUAUCAGAAGGGCAGAAGAUAUCAAAUAAUGUUUGUCAAUCGAAUUAAUCUCAUUUCACUUCUCUGUCAAAUAUCUGAAGUUGAUUUAAAAAACCAGCUUUCCAAUCUUGUCGAACAAGUAAGGGACUCUCGGGAUAUGUUCGUUUUCGGAAUGGCAGUGAGUGCGAUCCAGUUGCAAUGUGACGUAGCGCACAAAAAAUCCUUCUUCAUGCCAUGGUCUGGUAUUCAAUGUCUAUUAGAGUCAUUCUGUACCUAUUACGACUCCCUUUUUGGUUUACCUUCGCUAUUUCAGUCAUUUGUCAAUUACAUCGGAUCAAAAUUGAUCAGCAUGCAAAGUUGCAAAGAGAUAAUUUUAUUUUUCAAACUUUGUGAACGUUGCAGUCUUGAUAAAUUUCCAGAUCCUAUUCUUAUCGAUGUAUUGAAAUAUAUGGCAAGCAUUGAUUUCGAAAGCCUUGCCUCUUCUACCGAAUUUGUCACUAAUUAUGAGAAGGAUUUCGUCGAAUUUCAGAAGUAUUUGCUCAUGUUCUUGAGUACAGAAAUGCUGAGACUUCCAGUAUCUCAAGAGCGAUUUCAAAUAAAAAUCGACCAGAUAGUUGAACAAACGAUAAAAAUUUGGUUUCUGAUUAGCAAAUGUACCAACACAUGCAAUUGGAAUAUCGUUAUGCUACAGAAGUAUUCUUAUCUUGGCAAUGCGUUUCUGAGAGAUCGCUAUCUAAUGUUUAUGUGCAUUCAAUUUGCUAGUAAUCACACUUUAACGAGUUAUGAGAUUACUGAAAUCGACAUCAUACUUUUGAAAAGUUUAUUGGCAUUCGAUUUGUCCACCUAUACCCCCCAUUUAUUAAACAUACUCAGUAAACGGAAUGGUUCUGUUUUUAAUUUCAAGAGAAUACUCCUUGGAGAUUUCCAGUCCGUCACGCAGGUAUUGGCUACGCGUGUUCAAAUCUUAUCACUUGUUAUUCAGUCUGUAUGUUCUCUUAGCUUUGAUGAAAGGGAACAAAGAGAAUAUCUUCUCGUUUUAGUGAAACGAUUACAAGAUGAAUACUCGAUCCACUUUAGGAACCAUACAUUCAAAGACUUCUGCAAACGUACGAUGGAAUUACUUCUUCGUUUUUCUCAGGAUAAACUUGACGGUCUUGAUGAUAUUUGGAAUUUUGCAGCUAAGUUAGGUUUCCCUAGGAGAAAGAAUAAGGAACUCUGGAAGAAUGUAUCAGAACAAGAACGAUUGCAGAAAGUUAAUAAUGAAUUCAUUGAUGCUCUUCAUUACAACAGAGACUAUCAUAUGGUUUUGGAUGAGUUGCUUGCUCCAGAUGAUAUUGAUACUAUUUAUUCCCUCAUUCAAGUGUAUGUCGAGGCGGUGACAAUUAAUACGGACUAUUGGGCACAGUUAUCCUACCUUUUAAAAUACUUGCUCGUAAAGCUUUCUCGCUUUCAAGUUCAAACACAAGAUAAUAAGUUUAAGAUAUUUCUAGAUUUUUUAUGCGACUUGUCAUUAGUUUCUUGCCGUUGGAAGAACAAAAAUCUGGUCAUUUUUGAACUUGAGUCACUCACCACAGCUUCGCAUAUUCUUCACAAAGCAUACUACAUCUACCAGGGGUACAAAGAUCGACGUGAAAUUAUUUCUUACAUCCAUGAUUUUUUAACGAUGAUAGACCAGUGUUCUCUGAAAUUCCAGUCAAGGAAUUUGUUUACGGAAAUCACAUUUGGGAUGUUGAGAAGCGUAUGUCACCCCAAUUUCAACCUUAAUUUCCAGCAUUCAGAGGAGGAAUACAAAGCAGCAUACAAGCGACAAGAUGAGCUUAUGCUUGCCCUAAAGGGAUUAGUAAAAACCACAGAGAAACGUGAAUUCGAUACUGAGAUAUCAACAGACUUUGAAUUUCGGUUAUAA